AUGGAUCUUAUAGAUAUCCUUUCCAAUGAUGAACCUUAUUCAGGGUUGCAAGUCUCACCACUAUCCGAAGAACAAGACUCUGAUAUGGUGUUCCAUCUCCCCACACCCAUGACUCAGUUUCAAAUGGAUUUGAAUGAAGUUAUGGUUCAGCUUUUCUAUGGAGAACUUACCCAAGCCGUAUUUGAAAGUAGUCCUCACAAGCGAACAAGCAUUGAUAGCAUAUUGGAUUCGCACCCUGGUGCCCACAAUACCAAUAGUGGUGACAUUUCAGGUAGACAUUAUGAAAAGAUGAAUAUUUUAUUCAACCAAUUAAGGAUCGUAUCAAAGCACCCAUCGCUAUUAGUUGAUCAUUUUAUACCCAAGAAGUUGCUAUUAUUAGAGGUUGUAGAUAGGUUGAUUAAUAUGAGUGGGAAGUUUCAAAUCUUCAAUAGACUCAUAGAUAAUUUGAUUGAUAGGAAUGAAAAGUAUCAUCUUAUGGUGGUAGCUGAAAGUGUUAAAGAAUUGGAACUCAUAGAGGGUUUAAUAAUUGGUAAGACCUUACUAUAUCAGAACUUGAGCAGGUCUAAGUUAUACGAAGAAGAUGAACCCACAGAUGAAGAUAGAGUCAACUUUAAAUUAACAGUCUAUUUGAUCACUACUCAGGUAUUAUACAAUAAAUAUACCUCUACUACUGAAAGUGAUGUUAAACCAAAUGCGAUCUUCACAUUUGAUAAUUCAUUGAAUAUCAAAAGUCCAAGCAUUGAACUCUUACGUAUAGGUUCUAAAGUUCCCAUACUUAUCCCUACUCCCUUGUUUUCCAUAGACCAUAUUAUUGUUGAUCAUCCAGAACCAGAAUUGAGUUUGAAUAGUCAUGACAUUUCUUCCCAAAUUUUCAAAUGGCAAUUCAAUGUAUUGAAGAUCUUCAUUAUGAAACGAUCCUAUUAUUUUGAAACAAAUUUAGACGACUUCUUUGUUGAAUAUUAUGAACCAAAAAUGGAUUCUUUAAUCAGUUGGCUUUAUAAUUAUGAAACAACAUUAUUUCCCUUACGUCAUGUUCAAAGGAAAUUCGAUGAAUUGAUGAAUAGAUCUUUUAGUGAUGAAGAAUUCAGCAAUGCACUUGAAAGGAACUUCAUUCCAGAUUCAGUUACCCAGUUCAACACUUCAAUGGAUUAUAAGUUAUUCAGAUCGCAGUUUGCCGAAAUCCUCCAUGAUAGAGUGAACAUAAUUUAUCGAGAAUUGGAUGGUAAUCUCACACACACUUUAGCAAACUACAGAGAACAAGAGACCAAGAGACAGUUGGAAUACGAUGCUGAUGAAGAAAGAAUAGCUGAAGCCUAUCGGAAACUAAGGAAAUCAAACGAUGAAUUGGUUCUUGUUGAAAGAAAGCUUGUCAGAGUCGAGACCGAUGCUACCAAGUAUUCUUGCAAGAGACACGAGUUAGAGGCCAAGUUGAAGUUGUUGAAUGAGAUUAAAGAUCGUCUAAAGGUACAACCUGAAGUAAAGAAACAAGCAAGUGCUGAACCACUGAAGGAAGAAGAAUCAAAUGAUAUAAAACCAAAUGGCGACUUGCUUGAAGCAAAGGAGUAUAAUGGCGUGGUUUCUGACCCAAUAAAAGAAAACGAACUUCCAGUUAAGGUGGAAGAGCAACAUAUUGAUGUAGAAAUGGAAGAUGCAAGUAAGAUUGAUACUACUGGUAGUGAUAACUUAGUAUCGAGCAAUCCGGAAUCAGAAACACAAAUAGUUUCAAAUGGAUCUAUGGGCUCAAAAGGAGUGAAUGGAGAAAAUACUGAUAAAGAAACCAUGAAACAACCUGAACAACCUUCUAUUGAAGAAACUGAAUCCAAAAAUGUGCCUGAAGAUCAGGUUUUAGAAGAAUCUACAAAUAGACAAGAUUCUCGUAAUGAAGUUGAGAAUAAUACAGACAAGAUAGUGUCACAACCAGAGAAGGAGAUUUCAAUAACAGAGUCUAAACAGAACCAAGAAGAAACGACUGCCUCAAUUGAAAAGGAUAUACUGAAAGAAACUGAAGCUGACGUUACCGACACGGUUAUGAUUGAUGUUUCAGCAAUGGCCGAGGUCUCAGCUAGAGAUACAGAAAUGGAACAAGUUUCUGAUAAUGGUGAAAAGAAGAGUUCUGUUUCACAGUUGGAUGACUAUGAGGGAACAAAGGAGUCAAAGCUUGUUGAUGAGAACAAUAUCGAUAACAGAACUAGUUUUGUUACAGAAACCAAUACUGGAGUAGAUAACAAAGAGCUCUUGACACAAUCUGAGGGAAUGAGUGAGCCUGAAAUAGAAAACAGUGGAAUAAAAUCAAGCUGUGAUGGUGUUGGUAGCUUACCAGAAAACACAAAGGAAGAAACGAUGGCAGAAGGAACCAAGACAGAUUUACUGGGGGAAUCUAUUUUGGAAGGAACCAAUGAAAAGUCCACAGUGGAGGGUAGUAGGACGGAUUUAGUACAAGAAGUAUCAACAGAUGACCCCAAGAUUGAUGCAGAACAAGACUUGACAACAGAAGCCGUUAAGUCAGAAUUUUCAGAGACAGAGUUUUCGGAAGACUUUAAGGCAGAAUCGAUGAAGGCAGAAAUAAAAGAAGCACUAAACUCCCAAUGUGACGACGCUUUAAGCGAUGGGGAACUUGAAAAACAGGAGAAACUAAUUGCUGAGCUCACUAGGAAAUGUGAAGAAGCAAAUGAGCAGUUUAAUUCCUUUGAAGAAGAAACAGAAAGUCUCAGAGCCAAAUAUCAAAUCCAAUCUUCAGAAGCUGUUCAACUAUCAAGACAAUUGGAAUCAUUGACUCACAAAUACCAAAGUAUCCAAAAGAGUAUUGCUCGUCCAGGACUCAAGAUCUUGCCUACCCUACGUGGAAGAGAAUCAAUUAUGACUACUGAAGCUCUAUUGGAUAAGCUACAACGGGAGAACCGGUUCAUGAAGCUGUUCAUCGAUAGUAAACUUGAUUCACUCGUUAAACAAAGAGGAGCCAUUGUUGAUUCCACAUCCCCCGGUAGUAAUUCCCGACUUGGACGCGGAGCUAGUCGGUCAUCAACCCCGUUCUAA